UGAGUAGAAUGAGUAAAUCUCGUGACUGUUCUCUGUGUCAGUUAUGGACUUCGUCUUUGAUAUUUUCCUUCCCUUUCUUUACUCUUUUCUUCAAGAAUAAACCACACCAUGGUUAGCCUUAGUAUCGAGCAAGGACAAGGAGGAUAUUUCUUUGAUCGUCAAGAAUCCAUGCCUGUUUCUAAUAACAGUGUUAAUAUUAACGAAGAUCUUUCCCACGAGGUGUCGUCUAUUCAUGCUGAACUUGUAACUGUGUCAAAAUUCCGUCGUCUACAAACAGCAUGGGUAGCUGUGUUGUUAAUCAUUCUAUUUAUUGGUUAUGCCAUUGCAACCUUUCUACUCAAGAGAGGGACUAUGCAUUGGUUGGGAGAUGAAUUCCCACCAUUUGGAUUUUUCCUCAUUCUUCACGUUUUGUUGUGGCUGAUUGUGUUUGUGGCUGACAGAUAUUUACAACAUGCUCAUCAUGUAUCACAAGGCUUUGGUUAUCUACAGAUGUUCAGAGAUACCAAGAACAUCAGACGGCUGCCUUAUAAUGUCUUUAGCCUUGGUAACGCUGUUUUACUUGUGAUAGUAGCUGUACUUGGCCAUAAAUAUUCCUGGACAGGUCUUAAUUUAAUCAUAAUUUUGCAAAUAGUUUUCAUAUUGGAGGUUGUGUUAUGCCUACCAGGAAUUAUCUGGUAUCUAGUCAAAGUGAUAAAGUUCAACAAGGCAAAACCUCAACCAGAUGCCGAGGAUAAAGAUGUUAUAGAUGGCUUCAGCACAACAGUAGAAGCAGGAUUCAGGGAUGGUGAAUAUGUAAAUGAGGUGUUGGAAAAGCAAGCUGACAUGAUUCGCUAUCUGCAGCAACACAAUGCCAAUUUAGGCCGACGGCUAAUGCAGCUGAUGCAGCAACAGCAACUAGAUGGAAGAUUAUCUGCAAGUCAAGAGACACGUACAUAAACAAAGAUGAUGGCUAUGACAUACAGUAUGUCUUUAGUAUGUAUUGGGGUUGUGAGUUCAAUCUCCACCUCAAGGACCACAUGUAAGGAAAGUUUAUUUGAUGUGCUGCGCCUUAUAUCUUGGUUCUCCAGUGUUGCCCCUACAUGUAGGUGCAUUGGUUAGCCAGAUAUAUAUUGCCUGGAAGCCAUUCAGUAAUUGACCAUUAAUGUCAAUAAAUGAUAGAUUUAACAAGCUAA